AUGGUGCGAGAGGAUGACGUGUUUCUCGCUGCAGUUGCGUGCGUUGUUUUGGCUACCGCUACUCAAAGGAGACGUAGGAGAUACUGGGUGAAACCGUCCCUCAGAGCAAGGACUGUGUACAGUGGGAGUGAUAUGUUGAAUGAUCUGCAAGAAGACGAUCGUGACCCUAUUUCAGGCGAGCUAAGGUGCGACGGAAGCAUCAAGAAUUUCCUCCGCAUGACCAGCUGUGAUGUUGAGUGGUUGAUCGGACAAUUGGGGCACAGAAUUGGGAAAAAGGACACCAACUACAGAAAAGCCAUUCCAGUGAAAGAAAUACUUGCGGUCACUUUGCGGUUUUUAGCUACAGGGGACUCGUUUUCAAGUUUAGGAUAUUUAUUUAAAAUAUCAAAAUCUACAAUUUCAUUGAUGGUUCCACAAAUACUAGAUGGUUUGAUUGAUUGCUUCAAAGAAAAUGUAAAGGUACCAUCCACGCCUGAGGAAUGGCUACACCAUGCAAAAGAAUAUCUCCGACUCUGGAACUUUCCUCACUGCGUUGGCGCCAUGGACGGCAAGCAUGUAAUGCUCCAAGCUCCAAUACAUACAGGAAGUGAUUACUUUAACUACAAAGGAUUCUUCAGUAUAGUCCUGCUAGCUUUGGUCGAUGCUAAUUAUUGCUUCUCCUACGUGUCUGUUGGCAAACAGUGCGUUGAACGAGUUCUUGGAAAGCAAUACAAUCAAUCUACCUAACGCGACCCCUUUACCGGGAAGAAGCC